GGGAGGUGCGUUAACAGUCCCGCUCUGUCGGAGCUUUAUCACGUGACACCAGGCGGACGUAAACAAAAGAAAGGCGCUAAUGCCGUUAGCUUUCCUCUUGUGUGCCUGAGCAGAGACUCUUCUGUUGUGUUGUUUUAUGUGAGCUGUGGCAGUAACAAUGCCUUCAGUUCAGUAUCUGAGAGAGUUUAUCAACGAGCGACUAACUGCUGCUGCUGAACAAAUAUUCUUGGAGUUUGAAAAAACGAUCGUCCAGUACGAGGAAGAGAUCGACCGUCAGCGCAGACUGCUGGAUAUCACCUGGAAACCCGAAAUCAAGCUUCGGAGGAUAGAACUCCCACAGCAGCCUGUCUGUAAGGACGAGGUGGUUCUCCCUGAGCAGCAGCUCUGGAGCCAGGAGAGGAACUCUCUGCACCAGGGGGAACCAGAACUUCCACAUAUUAAAGAAGAACAUGAGGAACACUUCACCAGUCAGGAGGGUGAGCAGGUUGGACUCAAGGAGGAGACUGAUACCUUUAUGGUGACUGCUGCUGAGGAAAGAGACCACCAUGACCCAGAAGCAAAAAGUAACCAGCUCCCUUCUCAAACCUGUCCUAUAGAUGAGAGCCAAAAUCACAGAGGAAGCAGGAAUUUAGACUCAGGGACAAAUAGUAACUUAGAAAGUCAGAGUAAUUGUGACACAGGUAAAGAGUCUUUAUCAUGUAAUCUUUGUGGAAAAUCCUUUAAGAAUAAGUACAAAAUGAGUCAACAUCACAGAAUCCACACAGGUGAGAAGCCAUAUUCUUGUGAAACGUGUGGGAAAAAGUUUAGUCUGUCAUCAAAGCUUAAAAGCCAUAAGACUAUCCAUACAGGUGAGAAACCGUAUUCUUGUAAAAUAUGUGGCAAAAGUUUCACACGAAGCGAUAGUGUGACCAUACACAUGAGAAUGCACACAGGUGAGAGACCAUACCAUUGUAAAUCAUGCGGGAAAAUGUUCACAUCUAGCAGUCAUUUAUCGGCACACAGAAGAUCGCACACAGGUGAGAGACCGUAUCAUUGUAAAACAUGCGGGAAAAUGUUCACAUCUAGCAGUCAUGUAUGGCGCCACAUGAAAACGCACACGGGUGAGAAGUCGUAGUCUUGAAACAUUUAGAGAACAAUGUCUGAGAAGCCAAGCGUGAAAGAAGAUCUAAGAAUUUAUACAGGUUCACAGGAGAACUUUCAGAGUUUAAAUACCUUUAGGCUGUGUUCCGAAAUCAUUAUUUAUUGUUUUUGCUGUGCAUUAGAGGAUAGCUGAUGGCUGUUGCUGAUUUGGAUUUAGUGUCUUUUGAUGUAAAACUGGAUUUGAGCUAUUUGUUUUUUAAUAAACAGAAAAAAUUGAAGAUUUUUGUUACAUUGGUAGCUGUUUAGUUUAUUUGGUUCAUAUAACUUUUGGUUAUUCCUUUCAUUAAGACUGACAUAAGUUUUUGUUUUUGCUUUUUUUAUUUUUUAACUUUUGAGUUUUCUAAGAAUGUAGACGUGUUGUGCUGAUGGGAUCAGGUUGGGUAGGCAGGUCCACCAUGGGGGAGGGUCUUUGUUUUGUUGUGUUUUAUGUACACAGCAGUAACUAAUGGAUGAAUACUUUGACAGUAGUAAAGUAGAAAGUUUUGAGGGGAUGAUUGUGUUGCUUGGACUCCAGCCUGCAGAAAACUGCUGUUCCUGUAGCUGCACAAGUGUGUCUCUGCUUGAUUUGCCUCACAGUGUGAGGCAAAGAUGUUUUUCCUGUGUAAUGGGGACCUGCCAGAGCUCAUCUUUGAUCUUUCAUUUCAUAAAAUGGACUAGGGAUAAAUGAAGAUAACAGUUUACUUCAGUUGUACUUGUAUCCUUUAUAUCCGUUGAAUAGAUUUUUAUAGGUUAUUGCUGUUAGCUUCUGCAUACAUUAAAUUGAAUCUGUGAUUAAAGCCCACCUGUCAUUA